AUGAGCAGGAUACUAAAAGAUAAGCAAAGUACAGCUUUUUCAAGUUAUUGUCUUCGCUCAAAUUCAAAGGGUGUCUCCCACAUUAGUGAUCCACCGACAGUUUGGCACGUGCACGGACCGUGGCACGUGAGAAAUUGUUACGGGGUUGGAAUCCUGCGCGUACACGACGGUGGCGCUAGCGUAUGGUUAGUGUGGAAGCCAUAUGCAUGUGAAGUGGGGUGUGGAGUGUGGUCAAAGGGAGAACCAGAAACAAGCUUUUUGCUUGAGGCCGAAGAAGGGAAGUUUCUAAAUGUGGAAGCCCCACAAGAAGCUAAGAUACUGAAAAAUUGUUAUUCUGUCAUCAACCAAUGGUCCAAUGCUGCUUCACCAAGAAAACCUAUAGUAAUAAAUGGUAAUGAAAAUAAAGCAAAAGCAUUCUUUAAAUGGGAUUUUAGACCCUCAAACAUACCUGCCCUUAAUGUUAGAUCAUAA